AUAAACACAAUCAUGAUCAUCAGCUGUUUUCUGUCGACGUAAACGAUAUAGGCUUCAAAUUAUUUAUUUGGUAAAAUGUAAAUUUUCUCCAUAAAAUGGAUCGCAAUAAACGUGAAUUGGAGACUUUGGUGUCUUCACAAAAGGAGCAGCUAAUUCGUUAUGAAAAGCGCUUGAAAGAUGUGGUCACCGCAUAUAAGGGCUUGCUAAAAGAAAAGGAAGCUCUUGAAUCAAGUUUGGCUGCACUAACAACUUCGAAAGAAACAAAUAACGAAAAAGCAUCUUCAGAUGUCUCCUCAAGAAGCACUCCAGAUGCUGUCGAUGCUAAAAAGAUUGACGACCCCGAUAUAGCACCUCCUGAUGAUUCAAGCUGUGUGAUAGAUGAAAAGCAACAAUUGCAAUCACAGAUCAUGACAUUGAUGAAUUCAUUGGCUACUUUAUCAGCAGAGAAGUCACGGAUGGAAGCAUCCUUUCAGGCUGAUAAAAAACAUUUACGAGGCCAAUUAACACAGAAGGAUGAUUGCAUCGCCGAUUUAAAGAAGACGAUUAAAGAGAAUGAAGUUAAAGCUAAGGCUCACCUGGAUGAAAUUAAGGCAAAGUGGAUAAUAGAAUGUCAGGAGCGGGAAAAAGAAACAAAUAAUCAGAUGAUUAUGAUACGAGAGUUACAAAAGCUAUAUGCUGAUGAAAGACAUCUGAAGGAAAAUAUUGAAAUGCAAUUAAACAAUUUCAAAACACAAUUCGCCAAUAAUGAAACAGAGAGUGCCCGAAUACGCGAACUACAAGCACAACUAAGAGAGACCAAAGCACAGUUGAAAGAAAUGAAAUUGGGAGGUAAUAGCUCGCAACUUGCCGCGAAAGAUGCCGGUGACCCAACAGAUAAUAUGAUUAUACUAAAACAAGUACAACAACAAAUGCAACAACUUAAGGAACAACACGCAGUUGCAAUAAAGAAUGAACAGCGACGUGUGCUGCAAGCAGAAGAUCAAAGUAGACGCCAGGCAGCUUUACACGAAGAUCGUGUCGCCAAUUUAGAGGAGCGUUUAGCCGAGCUAAGUGCAACCGUUGGAAACUAUGAUCGUCUACGACAACAGGAUCAAGAAAGCAUACAUGUACUGCGAAAGAAACUACAGGAGUUAGAACGAAGUUCUGAUUCACAAUCGAGUUUGCCAAGCGAGCUAAAUUCUUUCGAUGUGGAUCAUUCUCGACGUAGGAAAAGUAAUAUAACCUAUGAUAUUUCAGUUAUAGUUGACGAAAUUAUAAAUCUGAAAAAGUUGUUGUUGGCUGAAAAUUCGCGUAGUACAAAUCCUGUCGAUAUAAGUAAAUUAUUUACAGUUAGCGCGGAUCACACACAAUGUCACGAGGAAUUAGCUAGUUUACAACACCAAUACGACUCUUGUAAGGCCGAACUGGCACAACAACAAGAACGUUUACAUAGCCAAAAAACGCAUAUAUCUACUUUGCAGGAGAAAGUAAAAGUGCUAAAUCGUAAUAUCGAUGAGCAAGAAAUAGAUCUAAAAAACCAGGCGGAAAAAAUGAGAAACGGUAUAAAAGAAGAACGUGCCAAGUGGAAAAAUAAAUUAAGUGAGUUGGAGAAUGAGGCACGUUGUAAAGUGGUUGAUUUGGAACAGCAAUUACAAAAACAAAGACAAAGAUCCUUGCAACUGCUCGAUGAAAAGGAGCAAGAAAUAAAAACAUUGCAGACAUCUUUUGAGAUUUUUCAUAAUGUAACGUUACCUUCGACCGUUGACGUCCAUUCUGAGAACUUGCCCACUUCAGCAUCCGAUGCUGAGAGUAAUGAUGGAGUUGGAGCAGGGACUAGCAACACACAAUUGGGCUCAAAGGUUCCAAUUAAAUCGAAAAAGCUUUCAGUCGGUGAAAAUUGUCAUAUGCUACACUACGCCAAUGAGAUAGCUCGGAAAGAUAUCGAAAUAGCAGCGUUGCGAAAAGCAAAAUACGUUGCUGAAUCAAGUUUGCGUAAGGCUAUACAGGAGAAGGUGAACGCACAGGAGGAUCUCUGCGAUAAGAUAGCUUCACUAGAGGAGCAAGUCGACAGGCUGGAACGUUGUAAAACACGAGAAGGAGCCAAUCUUGAAUAUUUGAAGAACGUAAUCAUUAGUUAUAUUGUAACACGAGAUCCAGAUGGCAAGCGGCAUAUGUUGAAUGCUAUAAGUGCUGUAUUGCAGUUAACAACAGCCGAGAUGCAGACGAUUAAUAACGCAUUCCAAAAAAAAUAAAAUCCUGUAUUUGCACCAUGUACGAUAUAUUGUUAACAGUAUCAACAUUUGUAGCAAAAAAAAUUUUUAACAAAUUAUCUAAUAUACCUAUCAUUUUAACAAACCCUGAAUAGAA